UCGCACGUAACGUCUCAAAGUACAAUUCUUUAUCAUUAAAAAUACUCCGUCGUUGGUAAUAAAUCUUACAUUGUUAUUUUCUUCAUAUCAGUGUUUACGGGUAUGGUCGUUGUUUAUUAAAGCUGUUAUAUGAUUAAGUCUGAAGACGCAGUUGCAAUUGCGCGGUAAAAUAUAAGGACUAACUCUCAAACAUCCGAUUCAUUUGUGUAUCGUACGCAGUUCGAGUUUGAAAACAUGAAUCAUCAAUUAGAAUUUUAUAAUGAAUCUAAACAAUUUCCAGUUUACUCACUCUUUCCUAAUCCAUUAACUUCCAAAAUAGAUGGAUGUAUUGAAAAUCAAUUAAUAAAUCUGCCUCGAAAAUUAAUUCAAAACGGGAGCAGUCAACCAUUAUCGAAACUAGCGCCAAUCGGAACAGGUCGGCCGUCUUCAAAAAAUAAUGGAUCCAGUCAAAUGAAUCCAAAUGUAAACCCAGUUAAAACAUUUGGAACCUCUAUACAAACGAAGAUCAGUCAAAAAUGCUUAACUUCAAUCCAUGCUGCGUCCGGUCAAAGAAAUUCAACAUUUUACCCAACCCAGUGGCUUAGGCAAUAUAGAACUAUCGCACAUCAGCAAUUUUACACUAUGACCCCAGGAGAAGCCGAACCCAAGCAACAAAAUCAAAAUGUCGGAAGUACCAUUUGGACCGUACAGCAAUUUGAUAACAAAUAUAAGAAUAUGUGGUCACCUUUACCUGUUGAUCGUUUACCUAUCGGCAGCCAUGGACAUAGUCAAUUGUUCAUGAAGAAUCUAGAGCACUGCAAUUUAAAGGAAAAAGCUAUUCAAGGUUUUAAUAAAGAUAUAAAUCAAAAUCUUAUUAUUCCGCAACCAUUUCCAGGAGUGAAUGACAUGAUGGCAAUACCAAAGCCAGUAAUAAGCGGUUUCCCAAGACAAACAAUAGGUGGUUGGCAAGAUCAAGCAAUUCAAGGUCUGGUACGGCAAAAUUGUGAUGGACAGCAAGAUGGAGCCACAAAGAAAAGCGGUGACAACGAUUAUAAUGGCAAGAAGCAAAUGGUGUCUGCUAAGCAACUGAUCUUAAAAACUGAAGAACCUGAAGUCAGCGCUGGUAACAAAAAUACGCCAAACCACAAAACAAGACCUUAUGUGAUCUACAAUAGUAAGUAUGUGCAUCGUCGUACCAAGAACAAGUCUUAAUUUUAAAGGUACAUUUACAGAAGACAUAUUACAGUCAUAUAUUGUCAACUUUUUUCGAAUUAUUGACAAAACAAUGGUAAAAAAAUACAAAAAAAAUGUUU